UGUUUUCUAAUGUUUCAAAAAGAAGCAUUAUUAUGGAUACUAUUACCAAAAACAAAUCUUUUGUUUUGUUUAUUUUGUUCUACAGAAAAAUUAUAUAUUUAUCAAUAUCCGGUUUAUUUAAACAAAACCAUUCGAGCUCCCGCUCUUUUUAACGAUUAAAAAAAUGAAUUUAAAAUUCUGUUGAAUUCAUCGUUUUAUCUCCAUUAACUUUUGUUGAUAAAAGUUGCUAGAAAACAACUUAAACUGACACUUCUACGGAUUAGUAAUUCCAAAUGCUGGCGCGUUUUGUAAAAAUGAAUAUUUAAUGAACUAAUUCCAUUCAGAAAUUACUUUGGUCAUGUCAACUAAUGUUUUUGACUGUCACUUACUUACAGAAAGUAAAAUAGGGAGGAUAUCUUGACUGUGCGCCAGUUAGUUAAUAUUACAAUGGCAAACGAAAAUGAGUUUGAAGAACCAGCCUCUGCUGCUGAUGAAAAAGAAGUUAAGCCAAAUUUGAAUGAUAUUCUGAGAUGUGGUGCUUGUGAAAAGAUAUUUUUUAAUUUGGAUGAUUUUGUUGCCCACAAAAGUGAAGAAUGUGUGCCUGCUACAAAAAAGCAGACUUCUGAGGAUGAUGACGAUGAUGAAAGUGAAAUUGAAGUUAUUCGUCAUUCUCCUAGUAAAGGGAAGAAACAUGGGAAACAUUCUAAAAAAUAUGAUGAGCUCCAAGAAUAUGAAAAGUACCUCAGUCACAAGCAUAAAAAAAAGUCAAAGUAUCGAGAUUAUUACUUAUCUUCUAAGGAAAAAAAGUAUAGAUAUAAGGACAAGAGCUACUAUGGAGGUAUCAAAAUUAAAAAUGAACCUAUGGAUACUUAUGAAGAUGCUACAUUUUGUGGAAUUUGUGAAAACUGCAUCAGAACAGAAGAUUGUGAAGAGUGUGAAGUUUGUUUGAAAAAGAAGUCUGGUUCUUGGAAACAUGCAAAAAAACGGUGUCUUUUACGACAAUGCAUUGAAGAAAUUAAUGGCCAGGUUUAUCAAGUGGAGAAAGUUUUAGAUAAAAGAAUAGUUGAUGGAAGAGUUGAAUAUUUUUUGAAAUGGAAAGGCUAUCCUGACUCUCAGAAUGGAUGGGAGCCUGAGGAAAAUAUCUAUAGUAAAGAUCUCAUUUAUGAAUAUGAAAGAAGACAAGAACUAGAGGAGAAACAACGCCUUGCAGCCGUCAAACGUUCUCUAGCAGAUGCUAGUUCUUUCUCACCUGCCAAAAGAAUAAAGUUGGGAUCAGAUUUAGUAUCAGGAACAGUAGUUGCUACUGAAACACUUCUUGAAGCUUUGGGCCUUAAUCAAGAUUUGGAUGAAAGUGAAGGAAAUAAAAGUUCCUCCUCCAAAGUAAAAGUUAUUAAUGAUGAAAAUAAAAUGUGGGGAGCUUUAAACCGUUCACAAGGCUCCAGGAAAGAGGGACCCUCAGCAAUUUAUUUACCUAAACCUGGAGAGCCAGGAAAAUAUAUAUUAGUGAUGGGAGAACAAAAUCAACUUAAUUUACUGGAUCAAUCCAAUUUUGAGCCCAAAAUGUCAGGUUCUAAAAAAUAUCAAGAAAUUAUCCUAAACAAAGGAAGUAACAGAGAAAUCAACUUUCUUCCUGGUAUAAAAGUUGAGGCAGAUGAUGAUGAUAUUCAAGUUUUAUCACAUACGAUGAAAAAACAACCCUCAAGUCUGUAUGGCUACAUGCAGUCUGGCACAAAUAGAAAAAGGCCUGGGCGACCUAAAAAGCCAAAAACAGUUGAUCCACCUAGCUUUCUUCAUGAUGAUACCACCAAUGAUUCACAGCUAAAUGCGCGAGAUAGUACUUAUUCUGAAGACACUUCAGGAAAGAGACGAAGAAGUAAAUUACCUUCCCGUUGGAAUGAUUAUAUUGUUGAGAAUUUUGACGAAGCUAUUACAUCAUCAGCUCCCAAACCAAAACUUGGAAAGUUUUCAGAAUCUGAAGCAGAUCUUUCUAAUGAUAGUAAUUUCGAAGAAGAUUUGUCAGGCACAUAUGAUGACGACGAUGAUAUUCUUUCUGAUGGUCCGACACGUCGUGCGAAACCAGCAUCUGCAAAAUUACCUCGCCCUAUUAUGAUAGGAUUUGGUGGUGAAACGUCACAAUCAUCUGGUAUUACCCCAGAGCAAAUGUGGAAAUUAUCAUCAAAGAAACGAGGUAGACCACGAAAAUUUGAGCCUCAGCGCCACAUUAUUGUUCAAGGCAUGUCUUCAAGUCCAUCUUUUUCAUCAUCUGGUGCAAAACCAGAAGUACGACAAAGAACUUUAACUGUUACUCCUAUAUUCAAGACAAAUACUGUGCUUUCUAGACCUAUUCAGUCUCGUCCAGAACCUGGAAUGAAAACUGUUCAAACAGUUGGAGGUGAAAGAAUAUUAGUACCUGAGUCUGGGGAUGAAAAUUCUAUGAGUAUAGAUGGAAAUGUGACAACAGCCAACAACUCUUCAUAUGAAGAUAGUAUUAAUUUCAGAGAAUUAAUACAAGAUCCAAAUUUUAGUCCUAUUAGAAAGGGACCAAAAAAAUCGUCAGUGUUUCAAUUCAGUCCUGAAUUCAUGCAGAGAAUCCCUUCAGGAAGAGGUAGAGGUGGUGCACAAAUGAUUAAACGGCGACCUGGUCGUCCUCGUAAAGAAGAUCAGCUAAGUAGAUUGACUAAUGGUGGUUAUUUAGGUACCACUCUGAGUGAACUUAUGACAAGGAAGAGCUCUAUUGUUAGUAGGAAGAUAAAAGAAGAGCGGGAAAUUAAGAAGAAUCGUGUUUUUGUUGUUAUGCAGGAUGGAACUAUGGUGGAAGUGAGUGGAAAUGAUCGUCAAAAAGCUGUUCAGAAAGCUACAGCUAAAGUUGAAGCGAUUCGUCGAAGUGUUGGAAGAAUUAGAGAAAUUGAAAAAUCAAAAUACAUGGAAGAUGAUGAUGAGGACUAUGACGAUCCUAAAAAAUCUGGGGCAAGAUAUGCUUAUGGAAUGAAAAAACGAGGAGAUACAAGACCAGCUCUUGAAGACUGCACUCUUGAAACUAUUGAUGAUUUGAAUGCAAUGAUUUUGCCCAAUUCUGUUCAGCUUGUUGAAAGUGAACUUCCUCUUAGUGAAGCUGAUAACUGUGAUAAGUUAUCUGGCAUGUUUUUGUUUCGUCAGAUAUUUUCUUCUUAUGAUACUACUUUGCAGUGUUUAUUCUGUCGAAACAAAUAUUCUCUCAGAUUUCCUGCUGAUUUGGAGAAACAUUAUCAUGUAAUUCAUGAAUUGGCUGUACAUACCAGUAAAGCUGAGUUCAAUGAAAAUAUUGUAUUUGUAUGUGUCCCAGCUGAUGUUAAUGAAGAAACUACUCUGAAUUCUGGAUGUCGGUUUUGUGAAACUACCUUAAAAACACUGGCUGAAGUUAGAGACCACUAUCCAAAUGCACAUAACAAGACAGUACGGUUGGUUCCAGAGGCUGAUGUUACUGAAAUUGGUAACUUUUUCUAUUGUGGUCUUUGUGGUCAUUCAUCUGCUGAUUUUACCUCUCAUCAUCAACACAUGAAAACAAUGCAUCGCAUGCAAACUUAUGUUUGUCGUUAUUGUAACUAUUGUACUUCUAGGCCUAGUCGUUUAAGGACUCAUGUUAAACAGAGACAUUUACAAGAUCAACCUGGUCCACAUUUGCAGUGUUCAGUGUGUUCUGUCUAUGUUCAUGGAAAGGAUAGACUAACAAAACACAUCAUGCUCUCACAUGCUGUCCAAACAGGCCCCAAAACCUGGUCUUGUGCAAAGUGCCUUUAUCCAUAUGGUGAUCCUCAUGAACUUAUGAAUCAUAUACCAACUUGUCCCAAAUUGCAACCUAUGCAUGAAUCAAAAACACUUGAUGCUUGUGGUAAUUCUAAUGCUGUAUUCUUCAAAUGCAAUCAUUGCUCUCUUACAUUCUCUGACAAGACUGAAAUUGAAAAACACAUGUGUGAUGUUCAUUCUGGACUUGAAGAAAUUAGUAUUCCUGCAGAUGUCACUCACCAAGAACAUUAUGAUCCUUCUAAUUUAGAUCGUAACACAUGCUUUUUGUGUUGUAUGAGAUUUCCUACUGUUGAAUUAUGCAGAAAACAUCAGCAUCAUGUCCAUAUGCGAUGGGUUAGCAAAGAUUUGCCUGAUUAUUCUAAAGUCGAAUAUUCUGGUAUUUCUGCUGAGCAUGAAGGAGAAAUUGGUCAAGCUAUUCAAGAAAUUCAGUCUAACUCAAUUCUUGAAAUUCCUCUCAACCAAAAUGAUACCGCAUCAAUAAUUAGCAAUCUUGAACAGUUUGAACUAAAUGUAAAAUCUCAAAUGAAUGGACAGCAAAUAUUUGCUCAAAGCACAAGUGAAACUUCUGAGGGUGAGUCGGCUGUCACUGUUUCAAUUAAGGAUUCUCUUCUUGAUCAACAAUCUGGAUCAGAAUUUAUGUCAACAGACUUGAAUGAUUCAAGCAAAGAAACUAAACAUUUUGAAACUAUUGAUUUCUUGGACUUAACUGAUGAUAAACCAGUUAAUGAGAAAAUGAAUACAGAUUUUGGUAGUAACCAGCAAAAAGAAGAAUCUGACAUAAGUAAAGAAUACAAAAGACUUGGUGAUUUUGAUGUUUCCCUGGAUGAUUUACCAGGUGAUCAAGAACUGGUUGAAAUUGGUUUUCCCAGUAAGGUCGGACAUUUUUGUCACCUGUGUGAUGCUGUCAUUAAGAGCUACCGUUUGUAUUAUCUUCAUAUGCAUAACUUGCAUCAAAUGGAAAAACGUUUCCAGUGUAUAAUUACUGCAUGUGGUAGAACUUUCUCUCAAACUUUGGCAUUCCAGAAACAUGCCUUAAAUCACAAUCAGAAGAGUGAGCAUUAUUGUAGUAUGUGCGAUAAUGUUUUUGGAGAUGAUGAAGAACUGCAAGAUCAUCUGAUAAGCUCUGACCAUGCAAAUAAAUACAUGCAAGUACAGGAAAAAUAUAAUAGGACAGAACCUCGGAAUCAUCGAUGUAAAGUCUGCCACAGUUGGUUUGGUUUGUUUGCUACAUUUGUCAAACAUAUGGAGACUGAAGGUCAUAGUUAUCAGUGUCGAGAAUGUGGUUUACUCUUUGUACAGCCAGGUCCCAGACGUAAUCAUAUUCAAAGUGUUCAUCCUGAAAUUGCUAAUAUUUGUGAGAUAUGUAGUGUAAAAUUAAACAAUUCUCAAGCUUUGUGGAGUCAUCUUUCCAUCCAUAAUAUUGUACAUGAAUGUCCUAAAUGUCAUAGGAGGUUCCUACAAAAGGAACAGUUAGUUGCUCAUUCAGAAGUGCAUGCUCCACCUACACCCUGUCCUUGGGAAGGAUGUAACCGAAAACUUGCCACAAAAGUUGGUCUUUUCAACCAUUUACGAAUGCAUAGAGGUGAUACAGACUUUAAAUGUACAAUAUGCAAUAAAGGUUUCUUCAAGAAAAAAACACUUGAAAGCCAUAUGAAAAUUCAUGAUGAGAAACCAAUGCAAGUUCCAGCUAACAGAGGACGCAAGUCUGUGUCUCAUAUAAUGGGUGGACGAAAUAUUCCAAUGGAUAUGAAUCAACAUGUUGAGGAGGUUCAAAUUGAGCAAGCUGAAGAAUCUAUUGAUUCCAACCAAGCUGAUGUCAUUCAAUUAGUUUGUGCAGGAUGUAUGAGGCCUUUUGAAUCUGAAGAUCAUUUCCAGGCGCACAUAUGUACUGGACAAGCUACCACUGAUGCACAAGGUCAAGUAGUUGUCACUGCUGGACAAUCAAUUUUUGGACAGGACCACCAAAUUAUUGUACAAACAGCUGGAAAUGGUACUGAAACCACUAUAGAUGCCGAUCAGUUUGCAUCUGCUCACCAAACACUUGCCAAUUCACUUAAUCUGACUUCACAAGAAUUUGCUGAACAACUUGCAAGAGUAGUUGCAGAAGCAACUGGUCCUGGUGGAGUUCCUGGACAAGUGACUGUAUCAAUUGCUCCCAAUGCGAAAUUAGAUGAAUCUGGGACUGUAUCAGUUAGUAUUCCAGAGUUUGAAGACUCUGCUGGAUCUACUGUUUUGUCAGAAGAAGCUACAGUUGUAUUCAAUCAGAAUGAUAAUACUGGUACCAUCAUGACGCCUCAUCAACUUGUUGAGGCCGUGGAACAAUCUCAACUGCAGAUUCACGCAAAUGAAAUCGUUACUGAUGAACAAGGCAAUCAGUCUAUUCUAAUUCAAAAGGAUGGCGAAGAAACGUUGAUGAUACAAGAGUCUUCCGAUAUUCUCAAUCAGAUCCAAAUAAAAGCAGAACCUCAGCAGUCUCAAGAGCAAACUGUCUAUACCGUGGAUUCUGAAAACCAGCAGGUUCUCGUAUCUGUCGGUGAAAACAUUGCGACCGAAGAGCACUCCAACAUAGAUUUCCAAGCAGACCACAGCCAGCAAGGUACCACUCAGGAUUUUGAAAAUGCUGAAGCAGAGCAAGUUCCCAUCCAAUUGCCUGGAGAUCAGUCAUAUACAAGUGCAGCUGUUCUCAAGAUACCUACUGCAGAUGGUGGCCACCAGAUGCUAAUAAUUCCUAUUAACUCAACUGAAAAUGGAAACACUGUUUUGACCCUACCACCGGGUUAUUCCUUAGGAGAUGAUUCUGGAGAUGGCAACAUAACUUUAGCUUUAGAUCCAAGUACAUUAGGUGCAUUAGGAGAAGGGGGAGAGCAUCAACAAUUGAUGUUACCAGUUGAUGCUGAUGGACAGAUCAACAUUGAAAGUUUACUUCAGAAUGCAUCCAUUGAUACUUUGCAAACAGAAAGUUAAAUUUAUUGUUAUUGUAUAUUUGGACAUACUUCAAAAAGAUGUUAUUAUAUAUUAUAGUGUGGCAUCCACUCUUUAUCCUUAAAAAUCCAUCUGUUAAAAGAAUAUUUUCAUUCCGGUUGUUUUGUUAAUGAACUAUUCAUAUUGUAUUAUAGUCAUGUGAGGACAUAUUCUAUUUAAAAGCGAAAAAUUUUCUCCUUUGCAUUUUUAUCCCUUUAUUAUAUUAUUAUUAUUGCAAUUUAUAUCUUAGAUUAUUCUAAAUGCAUAAUAUUUCUUUAGUAAAGAGAGACAGCUUUUUUGGACUAUUUAUUUAUUUUAGAUGUCUUUUGUUUAAUUAUUCUGGUUUACUUAACACCUGGAAAUGUUUGUUCAAUAUUAACCCACGCACAAUAUAUACAAUAAAAAAUAUUGCCUUUUUA